ACAGCAAGACUUCAAGGAUGGCAAAUACAUUUGUGCUUUCUGAUUUGGAUCUUUCAGACCUAGAUCUAGACGCUAAUUACAGUGACUACGGCACUUUCAACCCUAACAGCGUAGCAGCAAAAGCACCCUGCGGAAUCGAUGUUAUGCCACCUGUGUUCAAAUACCUAGUGGCAUUCAUCUAUGGCCUGACAUGCCUUCUGAGCCUGGUGGGGAAGUCCCUGGUGGUUCUGGUGAUUGCCUAUAGCAAAGGAAACCGUUCUGUCACUGAUGUGUAUCUUCUGAACCUCGCCAUUGCUGAUCUCCUCUUUGCCCUCACCUUGCCUUUCUGGGCUGUAGAUAGAGCGCAUGAAUGGAUCUUUGGCACUCCCAUGUGCAAAAUCCUGUCACUCCUGAAGGAAGUCAACUUCUACAGUGGCAUCCUCCUGCUGGCCGGUAUCAGCAUGGAUCGCUACCUGGCAAUAGUUCAUGCUACUCGGGCAGUCACUCAGAAGAGGAGCUGGGUCAGAUUUGUCUGUGUUGGCAUCUGGCUGCUCUCCCUCAUCCUCGCCCUUCCUGUAAUUAUCUUCCAUGAGGCUUUCUUGCCAACUGAGAAGAUGAAAUGGGUUUGUUAUGAAAAUAUUGGAUGGAAUCAAACAUCUGAGAUGAGGGUGAAACUGAGAAUCCUGCCACAAACAUUUGGCUUCAUUCUUCCCUUGAUCAUCAUGCUCUUCUGCUAUGGUGUGACGGUACACAGACUCUACCAGACCAAGAACAGUCAAAAAAAGAAGGCCAUGAAAGUCAUCUUGGCUGUGGUGCUGGUCUUCCUGGUCUGUUGGCUGCCCUACAAUAUUUCUCUGCUUGCUGAUACCUUGAUGAGGAUGGCAGCUAUUGCUGAAAGCUGCAGCCGCCACCGCAACAUCAAUGCAGCCCUUUCGGGUACUGAAAUCCUGGGAUUUGCUCACAGCUGCGUAAACCCCAUCAUAUAUGCCUUCAUAGGGCAGAAGUUCCGCAACAACUUCCUCAAGAUCCUGGUCACAAGAGGCAUCAUCAGCAAAGACGCCUUGACUCGGUUUAGAAAGGGUUCCUCAUCCACCUCUGGCAUCACCUCUACAACUCUGUAAUAGGCUGGGGGGAAGAAAAAAAGGGAGAAACACUCAAGACAGAGUUUGUCCAGCCACUGUUACAAUGAAGGUCUUUGUAGAUUUCAAGAAUCAGGUCCAAUAAGAUGAUACAACUGAAAUGCUAAAAAACAACAGCCACUAUUUUUGCCAAUAUUAGUGGAGAUUCAGCAGUGCUAAUAUAGAAUUCCUUAUAAACAAUGUCCAAACAAUCUCCUGUUCUCUUACCACCAUUCUGUCUAAAGUAGAAUGCUGUGACAAAACUUUGAGUGGAUGUAGCCAUUUUAUAUGUGGUUAAGUAAAAAUGUGAUAUAUAGAGAGUAGGCAAACUACAUUCCCUUUCUACUUUUAAUUCAUUAUUUUAUAGAUCUGUCUUUAGUAUACUUUAAAUCGAAUUUAUACAUCUUGAUAGAAAUAUGUUUCUGCUGUAAACUGCAGUGCUAUGCUUAAAGUCAGUCACGAACCCUCUAGCAAAUACUUUAAACACAUCCUUUGGCACAAACAGUCCUGUUUCUACACUCACAUUAAUUAGAAAACAGAUUUUUAUGUUUUUUAACACUUUAUGGUAACCCUUAAUCUUGUAACAAAAAAUAAUUUGAAUUUUGUUUCUUUCUUUCUGUGCAACUGUUCUUCAUACUAUGCUAAAAUUAAAUAUUGAUUUCUGUUCUAGUUUUUAAACACCUCUGAAAACAUUUGUAUGCUGCCAAGCUUUUGCUCGCAAUAUAGAAAACAUCCUUCUGCAAUACUUAGUUGACCUCUGAUUUUAUUUUUUCAUAUGGUUGUUAUCACGUGGUUUUAUGUAUGAUUGUUGUAAACUGCCCUUUUCUGAACAGAAGUUUAUACAUAUAUAUUUUUAAUAUGUAAAUAAAUAAAUAAAAAUCUGAGAUAACUAUGCUUCCACUUCUGCCAGAUUGAUAUACUGUAUAUGUCAGAAAGGUAA